UUAUAAUGAAAACUAAAGAAAGUCUGUAAAAAAUGGCUGCGCCCACGAAAUCUAAAAGAAACGAAGUUGAGGACCAAAGUGAAAUUCCCACAAAACUAUCAUCGCAAGAGACGAGUGAUAUUCAGCUGACUUCUUUUUUGAAAUGGUCGGACGACAACAAAUUUCGACUGAAUGUCAAAGUGAGAGUUGGUAAGAAAGGAUCAUGUGCCCAGUAUGGUAUGAUAGCUGAAGAUCAUAUUAAAGAAGGAGAAUGUCUAUUCGAGGUACCCAGGUCUAUAUUAUUACAUGGUGAAACAUCCUCCAUAUCAGAUCUUCUAAAAAAUGAAGCAGAUGAUCUUCUUAGUGAGAGUGGAUGGGUUCCAUUAUUGAUAUCUUUGAUGUAUGAAUAUAAUAACCCUACGUCAACAUGGAGACCUUACUUAGAUCUGGUGCCAGAUUUUAAAGAACUCAAUUUACCUAUGUUUUGGAAAAGUGAAGAAAGAAAGAGUUUAUUAAAAGGAACUGGUGUUGACGAAUCUGUUACUAGAGAUAUAGAUUUAUUAACAAAUGAUUUUAAUAAUGUUGUUCUACCCUUUAUCAAUAAACAUCCAGACGUUUUCCUUCCUAUUUGCAAGGAUGUUGAAUUUUACAAAAAGAUGGUGGCAUUCGUAAUGGCAUAUAGUUUUACAGAGACUAACUUAGAUGAAUCAAAUAAUAAAGCUAAUACACCAAUGAUGGUGCCAAUGGCUGAUAUAUUAAACAGUAUUGCUAAAAACAAUGCUCAUCUAGAAUUCCAUCCAGAUGUUUUAAAAAUGGUUGCAGUGAAGGAUAUAUCUAAGGGUGAAGAAGUGUUUAAUUCUUAUGGAGAACCAGCUAAUGCUCAUUUACUACAGAUGUAUGGUUAUGCUGAGGAAUAUCCUAAUAAUCACAAUGAUACAGUUGAAAUAUCAAAUGAGGCACUUUUAAAGGCAACUAAACUACUUACAGAUACUACAGAUGAAUUAUUUUAUGAAAAAUUAGGAGUCUUACAGGAUAUGGAGGCAAUUGAUGAUGAAAAUACACUAGUUAUUGGUAAAGAUGGUAUUUUAACAGAAGAUGAAUGUCAACAGUUAAUUAAAGUUAUAUUUAUGUCAGAAUCUCAGUUUCAAGAUUUUGUAGAAAAAGAAGGUUGGAGUGAUGCAGAUGAGGAUGAUGAUGAAUCUAACAAUAUGUUUAGUUUUGCAAAUAUACCAUCUUUAUUACCAGACUGGAAAAACUUACUAUCAAGAGCUGGUGAAGAAAGUUUAACAAGAUAUAAAACAACAUUAGAAGAAGAUCAGAAAUUAUCAUCCCAAGACAUUGCCUCAUUACCAUCACAUCAUAAAUAUUCCUUUUAUACAGCUUAUGGUCAAAAAAUGUUAUUAAAAAAACUUGUAGAUGCUUGUAAUAAAUAAUACAUUGAAAUAA